CAGGUGCCCUUGUGACGUCACGGGGCGGAGUCUCUAAACUUGUUUGUUCGUAGAAUCCAACCGAAACCCAACAGACAUGGAGAGCGCAAAGAGUAGGCUGCUGGGGGUCGUAGUCCUGUCCCUGUGUGCUGCGGUGCUGGGCGCCCCGGAGCAGCGUGUAAAGGAAGGAGCAAAUGUGGACUUCUCCUGUAACUACCCCCCAUCCUUCCAGAAUCCGCGCAUCGAGUGGAAGUUCAGCUCCAGCCAGAACACCGCCUUCAUCUACUACAAUGGAGAGCUGACGGCCUCCUAUAAAAACAGGGCGCAAUUCUUCCCGCAAGGACUGAGGCUGCAGAGCGUGACCCCGAAAGAUGCGGGCGAGUACGUGUGCGAGGUGACGGGCGCUGCCUCCUCGUACAUAGAGCUCAAGACCCCGCUGGUGGUCCUAGUUCCACCCUCUACGCCGGUGGCUGAGGUGCCCACAUCUUUGACCAUCGGGAGCUCCGCCACCCUGCGAUGUGUGGAGAACGGGGCCUCCCCUCCCCCAAAAUUCACCUGGUACAAGAACAAUAUACUGAUGCCUGAAGACCCCAAGACCAACCCCAACUUCCAGAACUCCUCCUACAUCAUCAACCCCGACACCGGCGACCUGACCUUUGACCAAGUGACGCAGUCUGACUCAGGGGAGUAUUACUGUGGGGUGUCUAAUGAAGAGGGGAGCAAGGUGUCUACAGCGGUCACUACGAAGGCUUAUGAGAAGAACGUUGGUGGGAUCGUGGCUGCCGUCAUCAUAGUCCUCCUCAUCCUGGCCUUGAUUGGAUUUGGCUUGUGGUUUGCGUUCAGCCGCGGAUACAUUGGGAAGAAAACAAACAAAAAAGUGAUCUACAGUCAACCAUCAGACACCCGCAGCGAUAAGAACUUCCAGCAGACCUCGUCAUUUGUGGUGUGAGUGGGUCGCCUCCUGCUGUCGUCUGCCUGAACACUACUGGAGCUUUAGCGUCUUAUUUAUCACCCCGCCCCCACUUCCGGGUUAGGGGGUGCUGUGUCCCCAGCCUCGUCCGCCUUCUGAUGUUUGCACUAUUCAGGUGUGCUCCUCCUUGUGCCUUGAUAUUCAUGAACUGGUAGUAAGACACCGAAGCAACCGCUGGGGGGCCCUGUACAGCCCUGGGGGGUGCCCCUGCAUUUUACAUGGUCUUCUGUAUGAAAUGUUUUUAACUUUGUUUUUCUAUUUUGUUUUUUAAAUCAAAUAUUGUGAAUAAAUCUGAUAAAGCCAGAAGUCAAGC